AUGACGGACAAUUUACAAGACCCGUAUGAUUCUAUAACUUUCGGAAAUUCGUUGCUGUUGCGUGUUGACGGUGCUGUGGGGGCAAUGUCGUUAUCACCUAACGGUAGAGAUGCUGUAUUAGCUGGAAGACGGGGACUUUUUAUUAUUGAUUUGGAUGAUCCAUUUACAACCCCACGAUGGCUUCACCACAUUACUUCAUGGGAGGUUGCAGAUGUUCAAUGGUCCCCUCAUCAUGCAGCGAAACCAUCCUGGUGUAUAUCUACUUCAAAUCAAAAGGCACUAUUAUGGGAUUUAUCCAGGCCAUCAGAUAACGCAAUUUCAAAUGUAUUACACGAACAUACUAGGGCAAUAACAGAUAUCAAUUUCAAUCCAUGGGACCCAGAAAUAUUAGCUACCUGUUCUAUAGAUUCAUUUAUAUUGAGUUGGGAUAUGAGGACUCCAAGAAAGCCUGUUGCACGGUGGGCCGAGUGGAGGGCAGGUGCCACUCAAGUCAAAUGGAACCACAAGAAUCAGUAUGAAAUUGCUUCGAGUCACGAUAAUUCUUUUUAUAUAUGGGAUUCUAGAAAAGGUGCAUUACCCGUUUUAAAAGUUAAUAAGGCUCACGAAGGGAAAAUUAAUGGUCUUGAUUUUAGCAAUGGUUUAUCUAACAUCAUCACUUGCUCGAAUGAUAAAAAAGUCAAAUGCUGGAACUUAGAAAGUAAUGCUGGUGAUUUUUCAAAUGAUUUUAACUACUUUGCUAAUGAAAACAACAAGACAAAUAAUGUAAGACCAACCGUUGUUAUAAACGCUGAUUAUCCUAUUGCUAGAGCAAGGAAUUUGCCAUUUGGCAGAACAAAAACAUGUGGAAUAAUGCCAUUAAUCGGAGGACAAGAUGCAAUUCACAUAGUAGACUAUGAUUCUGCUCAUCAAACGGCCCUUGAAACUGGAAAGACGCAAGAGAUAAAUGCCGAUGAUAUCUACACGUUUAAGGGCCAUAAUGGUGCCAUGAAGGAUUUCUUAUGGAGGACGAGACACGAAUCUUACGAAUUCUUUGAUAGUAAACAUAAAUGGAAAGAUUACCAGUUAGUUACAUGGUCUUCCAAAGACUUUGAUUUAAAAUUGUGGCCUCAUGAUGAAGAUUUAUAUAAAAAAGUUAAUUAUAAUCCAUCGUAUCAAAAAAUACUCGGUGCAUUUACUAAUGAGGAACUGGAUUCAGAAGAAUCACCAAAGGUGCAAUCUCCUAGCAAAAGUUAUUUUGAUGAAAAGAAAAAGCCAUUCUAUAAAUAUGAAUCGUAUUGUAUGGAGCCUCCUACAACUAUAAGUGAUUUAAGACGUGACAACCAAGGAGACAUUUUAUCUUCAUUAGCACUGUAUCAGAUAGCACAAAAUCAUAAACAAGGUGGUGAUUCUUCACAACUAAAUCAUCUUGAUUGGAUUUCUGGAGUUCGUAUUGGCCGUGCAGGAAGGGCAAGUGGCAAAGAUCAGAAUGUUAAUACAACAAUUGAUGAAGAUGGACCUUCAAAUUUAGGAGAAGAAGUAACCAUCGUUGGUCAUAAAUUUCCUAAAGUCCGUUUUGAAAAAAUCUCUGUCUCUACAGGAGAAUUGGUGAUUAGUUUGAAAGGACCAGCUCCCUAUGUGGAAAACUCCAGAACAGAUAAAUUGAGCACCAUAAAUCCCGAAAAAGCAGACGUUCCAACUAACAAUGAAACUAGCAAUCUAGGAAAAGAGGUGGCUACCAGAGACCUUGCAAAAUCAAGCGUCUCUGAGUCAGUAAUACUAGAAGAUAACACAAUUGUAAAUAAUAGCACUAAAGGUAUAACAAACAAUAAUGAUAAUGAUAACUCGAACGAUCCUAAUAAUAAUACUUCAGUUACUGCUAGCACUACUAAUAAUACUACUAAAAAUAUUAACAAUAAUGCAUUAGAUAAUAGUACUAUCAAUAAUACUAAUGCGAAUACCACCUCUGCUAGUAAUAACUUACCAGGUGCUGUUGAAGAAAAUGACUUGGAGAAUAUAUCAAAUAACAUUGGUAAUAGUACAACUAUUCAAACGAACGAUGAAGCUAACCCAGAGCAAAAGCUUAUUUUUAUACGAAUUGAAAUAAGCUUUCCUAAGGCAUAUCCUUUUCUUGAAGAAACAGAAAAUAUUGAGGGAAUACCUCCUAAAAAAUUGGCAAAAUUGCAAAAGAAUAAUUUAAUAAAGUUCAAAAUAGAGGAAACACAUGAGUUGACAUCAGAUUUAAAGAAUGAAAUGCUCAAGUCUUUAUGCGAAAUAUCACAUUUCUAUACUAAUAAAUACCAAAGAUUCUGUUUAGAACCAUGCUUGAGGUACUUAAUGGGUGAUAAAGUCGAGCUCCUUGAUUCAUUAAUGUUGGCAUCAAAUCAAGAUAAUGAGAAUAUUGUUGAUCCAGAUGGUUUAAUUCAGGAAAUUGGAACUGAGGGAUGGGCAGAUGAUUUAAUUAACCAGCAGCCGGAUGUUGAAUUUAAUUCUAUGAAAGAUGAUUCUAGUUCAGAAGAAUAUAAAUACGAUUUUUCAGAUCUUAUCCCGGUUGCUGACGAUGAUGAUGACGAUGAGUUACUAAGAAGUUCAGAUUCCAUUAGGAAAAACGAAGAAGCUAAUGAAAAUGCUAGUAUGAAUGAUGGACGGAAUAAAUUUGAUGAUGUAUCGAAGAAAGAUUCUAAUAUUCCAAAUAAGAAGUUCUUUGAUUCAACUCCGGUCCCUAAAGGAUGUGGUGCAAUGUGGUCUCAUACAGGCCAGCUUGUUUGUUUCUUUAUUCCGAAGAACAAUGAAGAGGAAGAAAAUAAAGCACUUCAGAAGUUUAAUAUUUUUAAAUUUACAGAUGGCGGAUUCAGCUUGAAUACCCACAGUCCCCAUCAUCAGCACAGUGAUCACCAAUCUAAGAAUUUGUUUGAUGGCUCAAUUGCAUCCCAUUCUGAUUCAGAGAAUGAAAGUGAUGAUUAUGGUUCGCAUUCUGAUAGAAGCUUGGGCAGUAUUAAUAAAGACAAUGCUUCGAUAACUUCAUCAUCUUCAGAGGAUAGUUUCUCUAACGAUUGGGAUGAUAUCCUACAAGACGAUAUUCCUUCCCGAGCAGGGAUUCCUGGAUUGCUCAAGACUUCCGUUGGGCUCGGCAAUCGAUACAUAUCUCAUGAUAAUAAUCGUGGAUCGCUUAAUAAGUUCACAAGCCAUGGGACAUCAAAUUACAAAUCAUCAGUACCAGGGGAAACAGAAAAUCAGUCUCAAAGAAGAAAACGAAAUAGAUCUAAUAAAAAAAAUAAGAAUAUUGUUGGUAUUUUUGAUUUUAAACAUUUGAUUCCUGACAAAUAUGAGCUUGCCUGUGAAUAUAGAGUUUUAGGUGAUUCUCCAGAAAAAUUGGCCAAGUAUAACGGGGAAGUGGCUAUGAAAUAUGGUCUCAGGGAAAUUAGUGAUGUUUGGAGAAUCUUGGAAAUGAUAUUGGUUAAGGACGUCGAAAUUGAUAGCAUUCGUCCUGCUUAUGAUGCGUUUCAUGAAACAGGAGGAAUAGGUUUUAGAAACUUACAAAAUAAUAGAGAUUUCAAUUAUUUAUUUCAGGAGUCUGACUUUGGCAAAAAUGCUUUUCAUAAUAAGCAUAGAUUUUAUUGGGGUACACACCCGUUCGGAAGGACGUGGCUAAUUAAAGAGAUAAUGAAGUAUUUCGAAAUUAAGGGAAACAUCCAAAUGCUUGCAAUGUUAUCAUGUAUCUUGUUUGAAAAUGCGAAUAAUGUAAAAUACCCAGACCUAUAUAAUAUUCCGAUACAUACGCCAUACAAAGCAUUGCCUCCACCUCCCACAACCCCAGCUAUGCGACAAUUUAAUGAUCACAGCCAACUUAAUUUGUACUCAUAUCCGAAUCAUCAGAAAGACUCCUCAGUUUUUGAAUCUUUUGUGACGGAUAGUAGAAUUGAUUUGAAAAGUACAGAAUUUGAGAAUCUUCAUAGAAAUUCAUCUUUUCUGCUUCUCAAGAGAGAAAAUCAGCUGGUAAAUGGGAAUUUUUAUAGUAAAUCAAUUUCCUCGUCAUUAGAUGCCAGUUUUAAGGAUCAUAUUUCAGAAAGAACUAGUUCCUUCAAGAAAUCUAUUCCGUUUAAUUCAUCGUAUUUGCCAACAGAGCUAUCAUUAUCGCAUGGAUUAUCUAAAGAUUCAUAUCUUGUGACUUCACCAAAACAGAGAUUUUCAAAGAAUUCUUCACAUCAGAUUCAAAAGAGAGAAAAGAAUAUUCCAUUUUCUCAGAAACGUACACAUCAGAGAAAUAACAAGAACUUAGCGAGAUCUCCACCUUUUGUAACGAUUGAAAUGCAAAAUGUUGAAUCACUAGAUUUAUAUGAUGAUGUUUACUCCCUGUUACUAUUAGAUUCGCAAGACGAACAAAAGAUCAAGGCAUAUAGAGAGCAAUAUGCUGAUAUGUUAUAUAUAUGGGGGUUACCAAUAAAUCGUAUUAAAAUACUUAAAUUUAAUUAUCCAGGUUUAGAUAAUGAUACUCACAGUUCUGAUUCUUUAUUUGAUGUUCAUAAAUGCAGCUAUGGUUUAAGAAAAAUCAAAAAUAAUCAGAAAGCUAAGUCAUUAAAAUUGACUAAUCCUAUUGAAACAAUAGGGACCAACGCGUGGAAUACAAAUAAAAAGGGCUUAUUGAAGUAUUGCAAUUUAUGUAACACGGUGAUCACGAAAACACUAGUUGUCUGCAUAAAUUGUGAGCAUGCUUUACAUUCGCAUUGUGCGGUAGAGUGGUGGGCUAAUGACAAUAAUGACAAUGAUGAGAACGUAGAGUGUCCAAGUGGUUGCGGAUGUAAUUGCUUAGAUCAUAAAAUUUAA